AUGACCCAGAACUUGGCUCAAUCUUUGCGCCUUCCGAAGGUUCGCACCUCGAUCAGUGUGACCGGCAUUGGAGAGACGCACACCUCCGUCCGGCAGGCUGCUCUCAUCACGAUCACUCCGAGCGCGUCGGACACUCCUGCUUAUUCCACUUCCGCAUUAGUUUUAAAGUCACUAACGCGGUACUUGCCCAAUCGUAGCAGUUUUCGGAUUCAAUGGCCACACCUAAAGGAUCUCAACCUAGUCGAUCAGAAUUUCGCGGAAUCCGACCCGAUCGACGUCCUCAUUGGCGCCGACUCGUUCGGCGCGUUAAUUCUCGACGGGGUCCGGAAGGGCGCCGCGAAUAAACCUAUAGCGCAAAACACUGUUCUGGGAUGGAUUAUUUCCGGACCAACGGGUGGAGAGCGACCCGGCCAACGGAUCGACGUGGAGGAGAUAUCCCACACGACCCAGUUAACUCCGGAAGACCAAGCGUGCGAGGAUCAUUUCCUACGCACGCACUAUCAAAACCCUGACGGGCGCUACGUCGUCAGACUACCCUUUAAAAACGGGCCUUCCAUCUCUAUCGGAGAAUCUCGUAACUCGGCCCUACAAAACUACCUUCGCGCAGAAAACCGCCUAAAGCAGGAACCGACGAAAGCCGCCGAAUACCACGCGUUCCUCAAGGAAUAUGCCGAUCUUGAGCAUAUGCAACGAGUUCCAGAUAACGAGAAGCCUAGUGAUCCGACGCAGAUUGUGUUCAUCCCUCAUCACGCUGUUUUCUGGAAGAGUAGCGCAACAAUCCGACAGAGGCCAAAAUGGAGGGUAGCACAUGAGUCCGCCAAAGUCGGCCAAAUGGUGCUCAUGCAAAACGCGCUUGCACCCCCGUGUCGAUGGGAGCUCGGCCGCAUAACGGCAUGUCAUCCCGGAGUUGACGGACUCACCCAGGUAGUCACAGUGAAAACUGCGCGUUCUCAAUACAAGCGACCCAUUGUAAAAUUAUGUUUUCUUCCGAUCGACAUAAACUUCUCGCAAAGUUCCGCCAUGGCGGACGGCGUCAACACUGAACCAUGUAACGAAGGCGAGGUCGAUGACGACCAAAUGUAG